AUGAAUCAAUUUGUCGAACUGAUUUAUGUCAGUCUUUACGAACUUGCUGAUCUGUUAAGUAUUAUGCGACAGUAUUUGACUCCUGAAUGGCUGUAUACGGAAGAAAUGAACACAACAAAAUUCCACAGUGUCCCAAAGAUCGUCCCAUUGCGUCUGCCUACGGAAGAACUGAACACGACAUCAUCACACAUGACUUCAGAAGAUUAUCACGUAAAAAUGGAAUCGGCUUUCCAGAGAUUUUGGUCAAAUAACACGAUUGGUUCGCUACCAAAAACCUACAAGUUU